UUUGGCUCAAGCGCCACAGCCACGUUCCAAGUGCUCGGUGAUGUCAAUUACACCUCAACUACGAGCUGCUGCUCGUUCUGCCUAUCGACAGCUCUGGAGAGCAUCGUCAAUCACAUUUGCUGGCGAUGAAAGGGUUCUAAAUGCGUUUCAUUCAAAAAUUCGCCACGACGCCGUUGCAGCUCGAACCACUGUGGAUUCGGGCUCGUAUGAACAGCACAACGCAGUAGCUCUUGAGGUUGCGGAGAUAUUGAGAAAAAUAUCGUUCAAGCUUCGAGAAACGCCGGUACUGAUGAUACAUGGAGUGCGACCAUAUGUCUCCGCUCUGGCCACCUCUGACUCGCCUCCAGGAAUUCGUCUCACUGCGGAUACCGAGUUGGGAUCCAAUGACUCAAUCAAGAGCCCUCCUCCGAUGGAGACCAACAGGCGGGCCCGUAAACGAGGGGAUGCCCCGGCAGCAAGCAACUGUGCCUGCGCCUCGGCAUGAAAAACAUUCUCCAUCUCGCCUUUCCCUUACUGCUCUGAAAGCCGCUCACCAAGCUCGAACUGUUCCCGAAUUGCGAGAAGAAGAUUUAGAAGAGACGUUUGUGCGAGGGAGCGGUCCGGUACGAUCAGCAAUAGUGUCGAUAAUGAAUGUCCUUAACUUACGGAUUGAAUCCAUAUCUUCAAGGGAGGACAAUCAGUCAACAAGACUGAGAAUAAUGUUCAACUGCUGCAUAUUCCCACAGGCAUACGGGUCAGCUGCCAUGAAACUCGAUCUCUCGCUCAGAACCGACGUCGAGCUCGGCGACUAAUCAUCGAGAAGGCGAGUCAGUCAGUCUGGCUAUGAUCGGGGUCUAACGCAAACAGUUGGAUAAAAUACAGAACCCAGGACUGUCCAAGGGCGAACUUGUCCAAGCAAAGCAGCGCGAACGGAAGCGUCAACAAAAGAAAAAGUCGAAGCGUAAACAACGUGAACGAGAGUCGGAAUCUCACUGGGAAGAGUGAUUAGUCGUUCAUUGACAUCUAUUUUUUGUUCUUCCCCUGUUCUCCCAUCGCGAAGGACCGCUGGGAGUGUUCGCAUACAGAGUGGUGAGCCUCAAGAGGCAAUAAUUGCGUCGAACACCUACGAACAGCUUUGUUAUGAUCGACAGAAACUGCUGCCGAAAUGCCUUGGGACCUUGCUGAGCCGUGGUCUCUCGAUGCCGUCCCCUCGAGCCUUGUUUAUAUAUAAGACCUUGGAUAAUAUAUUGCAUAUGUCGCCUUUGUCUCUAGAAUCACCGAAACUAUCCCUCGAGUAAAGAAA